AUGUCAACAAUUCACCUUGUGCUUGCCCUUGCCCUCGCUUUCACCCGAAUUUCCGCAACCACAACCCAAACCCUCGCCUCUCUGCCCGCCUUCACGCAACAGCGGUCCUGCGCAAGCGCAUGCUUCUGGAACGGCGACCCUGACAACACCAACGCGCAGGACGUCCUUGGUAUUAAGCUCGGCUGCUGCGCAAACAGCGUCACUUGCGAGGACCGUGCAGCGGACUCGUGCUUCUGCCGCGUGGACCUGAGCUCACUGGCUACGAGCUGGCUAAGCACGUGUGCUCUGCAUCAUUGCUCGAGUAAUGCUGUGGAUGUUAGCAGUGCCAUCGGGGUCUACGAUGAGUAUUGCAGGAAUAAGUGGGUUGUUGCGACGGCGACUGGGACUGUGACGAAUAAGGCAACAAGUGCCACGACGGCGGCGGGGACGGCGGUGCAGACAGGGGGACCGGCGUCGGCGGUUACUGUUUACGUGACGAGGUCGGGGCAGAAUGCGGUGUCGAGCAGAUGCUGGGUCUCCUUUUCAUGUAUGUUGGUAAUUAUUGUGUUGGAAUAUCUUGGACGAAUGGCUGGUACAUGA